UCCUCCUCUCACAUCUUAGGAGCGACAGGAAACAGGUCAAGAAGAAUGUUGGCGACAAGAGCGCUUCAUCUCAUUGGCAAACGAGCCCUCUCUACCUCUGUUUGCCUACGCGGUGGACAUGGUGUUGCCAAGGUAGAGGACUAUACACUCCCAGCAUACUUUGACAGACGGGAGAACCCCCUCCCUGACAUUAAGUAUGUGCAGGAUCUCAGCGCAGAGCAGAAGUCUUUGAAGGAGAAGGAAAAGGGAUCCUGGGCUGCACUCUCAAACGAGGAGAAAAUUGCAUUGUACCGUAUUAGCUUCAAGGAGAGCUUUGCAGAGAUGAACCAAGGGACCGGUGAGUGGAAAUCAGUGGUUGCUGGGAUGCUUUUCUUCAUUGGCUUCACUGGGCUUGUUGUGGCAUGGCAGAGAAAGUAUGUUUAUGGAGAUGUGCCCCAUACAUUUGAUCCUGAGUACAAGCAGAAGGAGCUUCAGAGGAUGCUGGACAUGAGGAUCAACCCCAUCGAGGGCUUUACAGCCAAAUGGGACUAUGAGAACAAUACUUGGAAGAAGUAAAUGCAUUCAUUGGACCAUGUUACACAAACAGUUAAUUGAUGAACCAAGAAACAUGUCUGUAUCUCAUCAUUUGUACGCAUUACCUCCGUAAAUACAUUUUGGAAGGCCACUUCCUCUUAAUGUUAUUGUGUAUCAUACAGAAAAUAAAGAUCACCUGUUUAUCCGA